UUCUCUUUGGUGAACUCCAACUUUUUAAUUUUCCAAGUGGUAAACAUUCUUAAAUUUUAUUAUCAAUGAUAAACCUAAAAUUUUAUACUAAGUCAAAUAUAACACUAAUGAUAAAUUUUAACUAAAUAUUUAACCAUAGUUAGCUUUUUUUUUUAAACAUUUAUUUUAGAAAUAUUUUUUAUAAUAAAAAAAAACCCUCCCCUCACCGACAGCAACCACACCACCACCCAUUACCCCCGUCGGCGGCCAGAGGAUUUACUCGGUGCCGGCGGUACACUCCUGACCCAAAGCCCGACCGCCCAGCCCCUCCCCUUCCCCUAAACCACCUAUUGAAAUCCCAAAUACACCACCAAUGCACCACUCCUCCAACCACCAGCGCUCCACUCUGCAUCUCCAACAACAAAACCACCAACUGCUGCUGCUACCCACCAAACCCCUAAUCAUUUUCACAGCCGCAACAAAAUCGCAGCCCAAUACCACCAAUCGCAACCACAAUUCCCACCAAUCUCAACCGCAAUUCGCAAAGCACCCCUAUUCACAGCCACAAUCACAACCAAUGAGGAAUUUGCGGGCAUCGUUUGUGGGUGGUGUGUUUGCGAAUAGAAGAGGAAUAGCAGUAGAAGCGCUAAUUUCGAUGGUGUUGCGGGCUGGUGCUGGGGUUGGUGGUAGUUGAAAUCGGGGAGGAAAAGGGAGGGGGUGGCAAGAAAUGGGAGGAGAAGGGAAAGGGUGGCCAGAAUUAGGAAGGGGAAGGGAGUUAGUGGUCGGAAUCGGGGAGGGGAAGGAAGAGAGAAGGUAGGGCGGAGGAGAUAUCAAGAUGGGAGAAAGAGAGAAGGUGGGGCGGGGGAGGUUAGGCGUCGCUGGACAAGGAUGGGGAGGUCGGGAGUCGUCGGCGGUGGGGGAGGUCGGGUGUCUCCGGCAGAGGAAUGGCCGCCGGCAGGGGAUUAGAGGGGUUGCCGCCUACUGGUGGCUAGCUAGGUUGGGUAGGGGAGGGGUUUGGUUUUUUUUUUUUUUUUUUUUUUAAAAAAAAUUACUUUUAUAAUUAUUUAAUCAUUAAAAAAAACUAACUAACCAUAGUUUAGGAUUUUUAUUAAAAUAACACUUAUCAAUGGUAAUCAAAAUUCUAGGUUUACCAUUAAUAAUAAAAUUUAAGAACGUUUACCACCUGGAAAACAAAAAAAUUGGAGUUCACCAAAGAGAAUUUCUCGAAAAAAAAUAAUAAAUAUCGAGUAAACAUUGUUGAACACUAAAUGUCUGUCCACACUGAUCGAUCCCAUAGUCGGGCCUUUCCCGGGGGCCCGAAUCUUUCACCACCGGAGGAUCAUGCCGGAGAUGAGGGUGAAUCCAUGCAUCAAGAUGAUGCAGCCACCAAGUCAUCGAAGAUGCUAUCGAUCAAACGUGGUGGUAGCUGCUCACGUGGUACCGGUAAAUGGCAGAAGAUGAGAGCUCAAUUGGAUAUGUCUCUCCACACAGGGGAAACGUCUACUAGACCAAUCACACGGGCAUUGUCACAGAAGCAGGAGCUGAAGUCUCAGGAUAGUGCCAAAAUCUUCAACUUAGAUGAUAGCAGUUUCAUGGGAGGUUCUUGCAUAAAGAUAAUAUCCGAAGAUGAAACAUUGAAGAGGUGUCCUUCUGUUGAUAUCAUUGAAAUUGAAUCCUCAGCCGAAAAUUCUGGCCUUCAAUCAAAUCUCAAUGAGCUAUUGAAUGAUAAUAGUGCGUUCAUCAGUAGAGCCAUAGUAAAAGAUGAGAUAUCUGAUACAAAUGAAAAUGACAACAGGCUUGGAUCUCCUGAAAUUGGCAUAAAUGGAGAGCAACCCAUGGAAGCGCAGCCUGAAAAAGGUCCAAGUCAGCUGAUUGUUUCUGAACAUGAAAAUAUAUGUCCACAACUACUAGGAGACAGCCUGACUGCCAUGUUAAGGGACUCGUCUCGUAUACUCUCGGUUACAACCAAUAAGCAAGGGAUUAUCACCAAAGAUUCUGUUGUAAUUGACCAUGGACUUAGAUCUUCCAACAGAAUUGGCUUCACCUCAGGAGGACAAUCAAUGGACCCACAGCCUGAAGAAGGUCAAAGUGAGUCCAUUUCUCACAACACGAAAAUGAAUGUCCAGGACAAGGACAAGGACAAGGUCAAGGUCAAAGUAACCAAGGAUUUCAAUCUUCAAACAAAAUUUGCUCAACCUUUGGGGGCGAACAAACUAACAGGCAACUUGAAGGCGGUGACAGUCAGUCCAUUGCUUCACGACAUGAAAAUGACUGUCUAAAAGCAACCGGAACAACUGCCAUU